AUUUUAGAAAGCACAAGAAGUAAUUGUUUCACUUUUCGUUGUUAACUUUUCUUUGUCAAAAGGUCCAAAUAACUCAACCAUAUAGUUCAAGAAAACACACAUUGACAAACUGCAUAAAGAUGAACAGAGCCACAGGUCGAGUCACUAAAAUUGUCUUGCUCGUGACUGCAAUCCUGAUCGCUUGGAAUCUCUUGGUCUAUUUACGGACGAAUCCUGAUGGGGAACGGUCUACGUCUUCACUUUCAAGUUUGGGAACAAGGACAAAAACGCUGUGGCAAGGAGAUUACAACACUGCAGAAUAUUUGCGUGAUGUAAAGUGUUCCGAUUUACAAAAAGAGGAGCUUUUUUGUAUUGGACACCCAGGUUUCUGCGCAAAAAUGAACGAGUACACUCGGCAAGGGAGGCCGAAUGAUGGAAAACUUUGUCGGUUCUUUGACGGAUCGGACAAAUGUGAGGUACAUAAAUAUGCGGAUGUUUAUGACUUCAUAUUUCGAGAUAUACGACACUUGAAAAUGGAAAUGCUUGAAAUCGGGAUAGGAUCAAAGAGUCGCAAGUUUCAAUUCACCAGUGCUCCAAGAUGGAUCAUCGGUGCUUCGCAACGUGCUUGGAGGGAUUAUUUCCCCAAAUCCCAGAUCUAUGCGGCCGAUAUUGACCCAGACGUGCUUUUUGAAGAGGAACGAAUCAAAAGUUUUUAUGUCGACAUCCUUAAAAACAAAACCCUUCACGAGAUGAUAGAGAAAAUAGGGAGCAAGCUGGACAUUCUGGUUGACGACUCCCUUCACAAUGUGGAAGGCCAGAACAACUUGAUUUCUGUGGCCUAUGACUGGAUAAAUCCAGGGGGCUAUUACGUCGUAGAAGAUGUCGUCAUCGAUACUGUCUGCACUGAAAUGAUCAAGACUCUUUUGAAGAAAGGCAUAAACGACUUUGCUUAUGUUAAAACAGCUGACACCUUUUUCAAGGACAGCGUCUUGCAAAUCAUCCGAAAACCCGACCGCCACUAAUACUAGGCUCACUUUUAACUCACUCGAAUGCAGUCAUUUGUAGAUUGAUAAAAUCAUUUAAAAAUGUAAAUAUUACUUUUAAAAUAAUUAUUUUCGUAAUACUGUUGUUAGAAAUUGAGCGAAAUUUAGAUUGCGUUUAUGUUUACAUGUUUAUUUUCCUGCU